AUGGAAAAUGGACAUGAUUAAUUUGAUUUGGAUUUCAAUCUUUCAUAUUCCUUGGAUUAAAACAAAGACUUUUACAAAUUACCUAAUUAAAUUUAAUGCGAUUUUCAAGGGUAAAGAGUAAAUUUAAAUGUAAUAACUUUAUAAAUUCAGAUUGAUUCCAAAGUUGAAAAGCUUCCUUAAGAUGUUCAAGAUUCUACUUAUUAAAGUGCAAUUGCAUUAUCUCAAUAUCUCAAAAUUUGGGAUGUGAACCAUUAAUAACAUGAUUAUUUCUAUCCAUUUUAACUUCCUCCAUCUUCCUUUAUUGGAAAUUGCUAAAUCUUUCCUCAUAGACCUGAUUUAUUAUAGGUUAAUUAUCUCAAUUAAUAUUAGAAUGAAUUCCAUUAAGUUUAAGAUCUAAAUAAUACAUAAAUAUCUUAAAUUUUUUAAUCAGGAACCUUUGAAAUUUAAUCUAUGUAAUUCUAAAUACCUUAUGUUUGGUAAAUAUCCUCAUUCAUUGUUAAAGGUAAANGAACAAACAAGGAAUUCAAUAAAGCGAAUGGAACUUAAAUAUCAUAAUGAAUAUGAAUUAAAUGAAGUUCGAUUAAUAAUCUUGCAUGUAAAUAGCAUAUUUUGUUCUGAAGCAAUUUUAAUAACUCUCUACCUUAGCCGAACAUAAUGGAGAUGAUAAAAUUUAUUUUAUAUUUGACAACAUAUAAAUCUUAUGGAUUGAUAUUUGGUACUGA